GUCUCAGUCACGGAAUAAAUACUGAUAAAAGAGACGCUUAUGACGCUUUCCACCGACUCAUCAUCGUCACCGGUGCACCAUCUUCAAAACUCCCAUCUUUCCUCAACUACUGCAACUCAAUCGCUGCCGAUUUCAUCUCAUCUCAUCUCAUCAUACGUAGUGAUUUCUAAAUUUCUUGCGACGUGCUGUAGUUUGCAGCAGGUAAUUCUCCUUUCGUUAGUUGUUUUUCUUUUAGGCUUACAAGUUACUACAGUUUACAUUGUAUGUAAGAUUUCUUUUUCGUUCUUCAAUUCUCAUUAUUUGUUAUUAUUUUUAAUUUCAUAUAAUCUGUCAAGAAUUUUUCAUCAGAAGUUGUAUCAGCGAUGUAACGCAAAUCAUUCACAUCCAUCUUACUGGAAAUUGGUAUCAUCUGAGGGAACUGUUCAGUUACUGCAGUUGUGAACUACGGAUGGCCAUUUGAACAGGGUUAGAAAGUAAAUAGAAGAAAGAGAAUAGGGAGAUGAUUAAUAUGUAUGGAACAAAGGGUCACUCUGUUUAGAUUCCCUUGGGGAUUUAAAGAAGCCAUACUUUAGUAAUACUAACAAUUAUGAAUAUUUCUAUAUCAUGUCUGAUCAAUGCUGAUUGCAACCUAAUUUAUUUGUGACUUCUAUGAGAAAACCCCACUUAAAAUGUCAUGACCAAAGCUCCAUCAUCCAUAGAAUGAACCAUUUCUCGUACAACCAUUUGGUGGGCAGGGCAAUCUGCGCAUGUAUAGUCCAAUCGCAAUGUAAACAACUUUUCUUUAGAAACGAUCUCAGGAAGAAAGACAGACAGCCUAUCACCAAGGAUUUCAAACAGAAAGAAGAGGGAUUAACAACUUUGGGAAUCAAGAUUAGACAGGUUGAAGCGUAAGUUCUACCAUACUAGAAAAAAAUGCAGAUAAAAACUCUUACCAACUAUAUCCCAACAUCCUAAACAAAUGGCUGGACCAUUGCCACAAUCAUAGCUCAGGUCCUUAACAGCAGCACUAUUAUCAGGAUCAUUAUCGUCAUGCUUGGCCAAGAAUAGGAUCAAUGACAUCCAAAAGAUGGGAAUUAUGAGAUUCUCAGAAGCAUCAAUCAAGAAAACAUUUGGUUGUUUGAGAAAUAAGUUUAGGCUUGACCAACAACCUAUUCUCUUCUAACAAAUAUGUUGUGUUUUUGAAUUUCAUUAAGCCGCUUUAUACUUCUUUUUUUCUUGAUAAGCUUUCCUCUUGAAGAGUAAGAUUUGAAUAAGAAAUAACUUUUUUCUUAGAAGAGCUACUAUUAGAAUAACCAUGUUGUAAAAUAGAUUCGACAUCCACAGAAGCUUUUUGAGCCUUAUUCAAAUCUGUUUGAAUGGCUGCCAAAAAAUAUUUGUAUACCAUGCUUUUAACUUCCUUUUCCAAACCACAAGUCAUUUAUGCAGAAGAACAAAUGGGGUAGCGUCGGGGUUAGCAACCCAGUAUAGAUCAAUGAAGAUAUAAAAUUCAAAAUGGGGUAAGCCAAGCAGUUGUGAAAGAGAAAAGAGACCGGAAACUGAACACGACAAUUUAAGCUGAUAUGCAUGGUGGGGCAGUGAUAAAAGAAAACUCUAUCUACUUGAAUCAGCGAGGACUUCAAUCAACUCUAGAUCAGAUCCAUCCUUGUGUUUAUAGCACCAAGUGUAAGAAUCUUCCUCAUAACCAUAAUCUAGAAGACCAACUCAAUGUAUGAACAGAUAAAAAUCCGAAGCAACUAUGUUAUUGACAGAUAACUCAAAAGCAAUAUAAGAGUCGCUCCAUCACCCAAGUAGUGUCCUGCCAGUUCCAAAAUAUAGAACUGUCAAGUUAGAAACAAAAUCACCAUUGAACAUCUUUCAGAUUUUCUUUUAUUUCUGUUGAAAAAGCAAUGUUAUCCACUUUAGACACAUUUGAAGCAGGAACAAGAAGAGUCGGAGAAUUAUCUUGCACGUAAUCUUUAAGUCUGCAACUAUAAAGAGGUUAAUCAUGGACCAAAGCAGUAAAGGGUGACCUUGGUCCAUCAAUGUCUCUUGGGCUUCCAAGGUUCAAGAGGUGAGCCUUGUACAGCCUUUCACCUAAUUUUAGGAAGAGGCUGUUUGAAUGACUUAAACCCAAGGUCGCCUGCUCACUUUCCAGCCACAAAGGAGCUACCUUAGCUAUUGCUCCUAGGCUCCCCACUAUGCAGCAAAUCAGUAGCAGGAAUGGAAAUAUUAGAAUCCAUAUAGUUAGAAAAAUCAUUUAGUUCUUUGAUCUCGCAAAAAUUGCUUCAGGGGGAUCUUCUAGGAAAUUGCAGCCGUAGUCAAUUAAAAGAGCAUAUUUACCAGCAGAAAACCGUUAAUUUUUUGUCUUUUAACCAUAGAUGGUUUCUCUUUAUUAUUCCCAGUAAAAGAAAAUCAUUCACCAACAUAUAUCUCUUAGAAUGUCCUCAAUUAGUUUCAUUCUCUUUAACACUUCAGGGGUAAUAUAACUCACAGGAUUAGUAAUAUUUUCAGAAUGACUUGUUGCAAAAUAACAUAAAAACUCUGUUGCCUUUUUGGGCAAAAAUAUAAGGCCACCAUCAUUUGAGUUUAUUCUGAGGUUUUUUUUGGCUUUUAUUGGACACCUAGGGCAUUGAGAAAUCAUAUACUGAAGUACAUGCAAUAGUUACUCUUUAUUAAUUUCAAAUUUGAGCUUGUGCUCAAAUUCAACCAAUCUCAUCUUGGUUUUGUGGUUUGAUAUAGAAGAUCAGGGUGAUGUUGAAACACUGUACCAUACAUAUCAGUGAAGUCCUAUUACUAAUAAUUCACUUAAUAUGUAAAAUAUGGCAGUUAGCGAGGUUCAUACUGUGAAGCCUACUUGACCACAGGGUCUCACCUUUGGCUUUGAAGUGAGUUCAAGUUAUUCUUCGUGUUAGUAUUCUUUAUCAGUUUCUAAUUGGGCAGAAGAUGUGUUCACCUCAAAACCAGCAAAUUUAGUUAUGCUAAUUAUGUUUAAAAAAGAAUUACCUAUUUCCAUCUUGUCUCUCUAAACUUUCUUGAACUACAUAUAUUGAAUCAAUCACGAUUGACGCAUAAACUUUUUUGCAGAAUUUUCGCAAGUUCAGCUAAGAGUAUGGAGCUGAAAACUGUUAGAGAUGCAUUUGAUCGAGUUGCAAAAAAACAAAAAUUAUCAACUUCUAGGUACCAACAAGUGAUUGAUCAGGUUGGCGAUGAGAUUAAACAAGCAAUGACAGACAUCCAAUCAGUUGAUCCUCCCUCCUCUAUCGAUCAUAAAUCAGUCAUCACAAACCUGAAGCGCAAGCUCGACACAGUUAUCCCACAGGAACAGUUGGAGAAAUCACAGAAGGAGUUAAAUACGAACCUCAGCCAAUACCCAAAAAUCUUGGGUAAAUUUUUUGAUACCGAUAUAUCAAAGGCAUACAGAAGCGUGGACUUUGACUUGCACAUAGUCAAUCAAAUCAUCAUAAGCCAGCUUUACCAUGAAGGUCUCUUUGAUGUAGCUGAUAUAUUGAUAAACGAGGCUCAGGAACCUGAGAUUAUCUCUUUGAGAUGCCAAUUUGCAGAGAUGCAUCAGAUUCUCAAGGCACUGAGAGCUAGAAAUCUGGAACCUGCUCUGAGUUGGGUCUUGGCCAAUCGUCAGAAACUUCAGCAGAGCGGGAACGAGUUCCUGAAGCUUAUGGGUUGCUUGUUGUGGCCAGGGAAGCUGGAAACUUCACCGUACUCCGACUUAUUGUUGCCAGCCAAAUGGGAGGAUUUAAUCAAAGAGUUCACCAUGCAGUUUUGCAGCUUAAUAGGAGUAUCGUUCAAGAACCCUUUAGGUUUGACUAUAGAGAAACGUCGAUCUCGAGUUCAUGUUUGCAAUGCUAACAUCGGCCACGAGACGACCAUAGGUUCGAAACAGUGUUCUUCUCCUCCCCCCAUUGUUGUAAAUAGCAACCUAGUUUCAUAA